GCCACUCGCCAGCGCAAAGUUAUUUGCAGCCAUCGGGUUGCUGUGUGCGAUGUGUGUCGUCGUUUCCGUCAAGCGGCGGGCGCUUCCCCGAACGGAACUGUGAAAGAUGGUCGCGAUCUUUCCUUCGUCGUCGUUGCCACCGUCGCGGAACCCAUGAGAGCCGACAUGUCUCACCUCCAGCAACCAACGCGCAACGCUUACCGUCCCAGCACCGAAAUGCGGGGCUCGGUUCACUUGACGGCCGAAGAGAACGAGACGGUCGUGUCGGCCUGCAGGGAUCGCAAAUGGCAGGUCAUUGCAAUGGGCAUUGCGGAAAUCUACCAGUCGGGACCACCUCCAAGGCAUGACCGGUGGCAGCGGUGCUGCUGUGGUGUCGUCUGCUUCAUCAAGGACAAUAUUGCGAGGGCGUUCUACAUCCGCCUCUUCGACUUCGAUAGGCGUGACUUUGUUUGGGAGCAGGAGCUCUUUGUUGAAUUCACAUACAAAACUCGUCUUCCGUACUUUCAUACCUUUGAGGCAGACGAUUGCCAAGCGGGUGUUAAUUUUGCGUUUGAAGAUGAAGCGGCGAACUUCGGAAAUGCUAUCGAAGAGAAGCUGCGAUCUCGGCGUCAGAAACGGGAAGAGAGGAAUAGGUUACAAAUGGCAGCCAAGAAUGAUCAGUCCUUUCCGGUGCAUGAUCGUCAGAUUCCUACAUGUCCCAGUACAAAUGGUGUAUUAAGCCAGCACAAUAAGAAAUCGUCAAAGUCGAGCAACAAGAAGGGUAAGAAGCAGAAGGAGAGGAAGUACACAAAGGCUGACAUCAGCAACCCAACCGACUUCAAACACAUUCAGCAUGUUGGCUGGGAUCCCGACAAGGGAUUUGAUUUGGAGAACUAUGUUGACAGCAAAGAGCUCAACACUUUGUUUGAGAUGGCCAUGGUCACAGAAAAGGACCUCAAGGAGCCUGGGACACGGCAGUUCAUCUACGAUUUCAUUGCAAAGAACGGUGGAGCCGACAUGAUCAAGGGAACGGCCGCCAAGACAGGCCACGCAGCAACCCCUGCUGCACCUCCUGCGGUGCCUUCGAGGGAGCACACGAGUGGGCCCCCGAGCCGGCCUCCUCCAACCCCUCACCCUCACGCUCCACCCCCACCGAACGGGUCAGUGCCAAGAUCGGUCCCACCCCCACCGCCAGCACGAACUGGACAGACGCGUGCACCACCAACCCCACUGAGCAAUGGCAGGAUGCGCUCCACAGCCUCCCCUCAGGCGGCCCCACCCCCGCCUCCGCCACCUCCUCCCCCCAUCAUGGGGGGCGGAGUCCCUCCUCCCCCACCCCCAAUUCCAGCGGCCUCAGCUGCCAAUGGGAUAGGAGGGGGAGGAGCGGGCGGAGCUGGCCAGGACGCUCGAGGAGCGCUGCUGGAGCAGAUUCGCAAGGGCAAGGCGCUCAAUCACGUUGACCCAGAGACGGAGUCCACGCACAGCACACAUAGCAACCCCGAUGCUCGUGAAGCAUUGUUGGACCAAAUUCGUGGGGGCAUAAGGCUUAAGGCUGUACCAGACUCUGCCAGAACUUCACCAUCCGAAAACAAGUUGGAAGGCUUGGCUGGAGCUCUGGCUAGAGCACUACAAGAGCGGGCAAAAGCGUGCAUGCCCGACGACAGUGAUUCCAGUGACGAUUCAGACUCUGAAGAAGAUGAUUGGGACGACUGAGUUGCCAUGUGUGCUUCGCUGUAGUGCCCUUGGAAAAGCUCCAAAAAGAGAGUGACAGGCGCCCCUGCCGAUUAUAUGUGGCGGCCGAAAUCAUGUUGCCAGCGCCGUCACCAAGAUCAGUUUCGGCUACUGCUUAUCAGAUGGAAAAUAGCCAAGUGUUCUUCUGCCACACCUCUCUAUCUGCUGUCUUUGACAACAUAGCAGACGAUGACAUCGUCUGCCACUAUGCAACUGGGACCUGUGUCGCGGGCCCACACGACGGUGACCUCGGGGACGGAGAUUGCAACUACUGCUUGUGGACACAACGAGAAUCACCGUGGAGUUACAGCAGCCUGCGACGUACGAGCACCAUAUUCAAGAACACCGGCGCCCGCCGCGUGCGUCUCUCGCGAGCGAAGACGACUGUGCCCGGUAUCGGAAACAGCUAGACGAACUGAUGACGUUUUUGCUCACCAAGGAGGAGAGGGCGGCCUGCCAUAACACAGGCAAUCGACUACUGCACGACUAUCAUUUACGUGAAUGUGGACGUGACGAUUACGCACCUGGAUCUGACAAGUGCACUUGUGCUAAGGUGUCAGUGGCAGCGUACAGAGAGUGUGGUGAAACGUAUAGGUACGGUGGUUUCAUUCCCAGAUUGUAAUGCUGCAAAGAGAUAUUGCUGCUGCUGCUGCCGCCUCUGGCACUGUUAUUGUUGCGUGGAGGAUGUUUCGCACUCCACCUGUUGUUUGUUCUGCCGCGUAACACAACUGGCUGUUCACUGAUCAGGUUUUUGUACGUUUCGUUCUUCUAACUUAUGUUUUUUUUUGCAGAGACUGAUUUACUACUCCCUUUUGUGGUUAGUUUGGGGAAAACUUCAAAGUAGAUAGUGUGCACGAAAGUGUAAGAUGUGAUGAUCGAUAAUUUUGCAAAUGCUUUUAUGCCUCUUGUCGACACUUUCGCUUUCAUUUUGUUCUUGAGAAAGCCUGGAACUUGGGUCUAAGAAGGGUACCUUGUUGACCAGAGACAUCAAUUAUGGUGAUUGUACAUAAUUAUCGCGUGUAAUAAAUUAAAAUUGUUUUCUUUCGUAUGAAAA